UAAAGAAUUGUUGAUUGUAUAUUUUAAUUGUUGUUGUGAUUUUAGAUUUGUUUUCUCCUUAAGGUGCAAUUUAGCUAUUACAGUGAUUUAGAAUGGAAAAUAUUAAUCAAUACAUUGAGAGUAUGUUCUCAAUCAACAUGACGAUGAUGUUUUCAUCUAAAGCCAAGGCUCUUACUCCAAAUAUUGGUGAUCUUUUAAAACAAUUUAAAAAUAUUAAAGGUUUACAAGCUUCCAUACGUGAACCCAAUUCGGAUAAAUAUUAUGCUGUCAAUGAUUUAAAGAUUAAAUUAAGUGAAUCAAGAGAUACAGAAUGUAAACCUAAUCCAAUUCAAGUGAAGAAACUUCUCCAUGAUUGUGUUUUAUCAUAUAACAAUGAGCUGAAUACUUUGAAUGGAGGUAGUAAUUACAAUGGAUCUCCUAAUGAGACGCCUUGGUUUAAUGCUUGGAAGAAAGUUUUCCUUUCCAAUUUAGAAUCAAAUGAUCAUGAAUUUAUCGGUGCUCAUGUUGGUGUAAUAUUUUUCUUAGCUGAAGGUGAUUUAGACAAUUUUCGUGAAGUUUUAAACAAAUUACAAACGGAAGUUAAAUCAAUCUCAUCGAUUAAAUGGUUUUUCCCUAAUUUCCUCAAGUAUAUUGUUGUUCUUAGUGAUAAAGAUUCAUCUUUAUUCAAUCAAGAAUCUGAUGAAUUUGGACCUACAGCAACUCUCCAUCCAGCUUAUAGUGAUCUGGUCGCAAUGUAUGAUACCAAUAAAUGUUUCUGGUUUGAAAUUGAUCCAAUCGUUGAACCAGAAUCAUCUGAGGUCACAAUUAGUCAAGACACAACGGAUAAUGUUAACAUGGUUAAAUCUAUUGAACAACAAGAUCCAUUAACUUCACUAUUAAAUAAAAAAGAUACCGAGGAAUAUGGUGAUGAACCGAUUGUUACUCCAUUGAAACAACAACAAGAUGAAUAUCAACAAGUGAAAAUAAUUAGUCAAAAAAUGUUAAACAAAUGUGAUAAACUGUUGCGACGAAUGUUUGUCCGAGCGGUAAUCCCUUGGUUCGAGAAACAAUUAGGUAUAUUAGCGGAAGCAUUGGCAUCAAGGAAAGGUCUUCGAAGAAGUAUUUUCAGUGCAACGAAACAAUUAUUGGCAAUUUCAUCGUCAACCAUGAAUUUAAAGGGAACAAAUCAAAGUGUCGUCUAUUCACUCGAAGCAAAUGAGAUGCAGUAUCGAAAAUUUGCCGAUCUAACCAUGUGUUUAGGACUUUACGAUGUCGCUUACAAUUCCUAUUAUGCUGCUCGUAAAGAGUUUCAAAGUGAAGGUGCUUGGUUGUAUUAUGCUGGUGCUUCGGAAGCGGCAGCGAUUGCUUCAUAUCUUUUAAACAAAUUCCAAAAAUAUUACCUUGACCAAGCGAUCGUUUAUUAUCUGGAAUCAUCUAAAUCGUCCCAUUUAGCGACACGAGUGACCCUUUUCGCUACCGAUGUUAUCAGGGAAACAUCGCCCAGUGAAGCUGCCAGUUUUUUCAUCCGAUUAACUGCCGAAGAUAGUGACCUAAGAUCUGGCCUUUUUCUAGAACAAGCGGCCAAUUGUUACCUUGUCACUUUUCCCUCGAGAAAACGAAAAGCAAUUUUCCAUUAUGUUCUAGCUGGUCAUCGGUAUAAUCGAUGUGGACUCAAACGAUUAGCACUUUCGUCCUACCUUAAAUACUCACUGUCACAUUGGUCUUAUGCUAUUGAACAUGUUAAGUUUACAAUGGCCAAAUUGUACAUUCAAAUAUCAAGUACCAUUGUCGAUAAAGAGACGAAAACAUUAUAUCGUGAUCGUGGACUUAAUUUACUUCAAACAAACGCUGAUAAGCAACUUUUUUUCAAUGAAUUUCUUAAAGAAUUAAAAUCAAAGGAAGAUGAAGAUGAUUCAACAAUUACCCAUGUAAAUGUACCCAAAAUCGAGGAUAUUGUUAUAUGUACCAUUGAAGGAUCAAUAAGUAAAGGUGGACGUACAAUUUGUUUCCUUGCUGAACCAUUAAGCCUACAAUUAACUUUAUCAUCAUCAUUUGAUAUUCAAUUGGAUCAUCUAAAAUUAUUGGUUGACCAAGAUGAAGUUAAUUGUUCACCAGUUAAUGUUAAUCUUGAAGCAGGUCAACCAUUUAAAGUUACCUGUUCCUUGGUACCAACUGUGAUAUGUGAUUUUAAUUUAAUUGGAAUUAGUUUCAACAUUUUAGGAGUCCAAUUUGUUAAUCAUUUUAAUGAAAGAUUAACCAAAUGUUUACAUUUUUCAUCAAUUGAAACUUUACCACCAUUAGAUGUUACAAUUAAAUUGGGUAAAACAAUUGCAAACAAUAAUAGUACCAUUGAAUUGUUUACAGGUCAAAUAAUUGAUCUAACAAUUGAAUGUGAUUUUACCGAUUUAAACAUAUCCAAGUCAACCUAUCAAGCUAAAUUAACAACUAAUGGUAAUCUUAAAGGAUUUGAUUGCGAUCUGACCAAACAAUCAACACCAAUUACCAUGGGAGAAAUUAAUUCAUUCCAAUUUCAAGCGCCUUACAUUGCGAAACAAUUUCCACUCUAUUUCAAGAUAAUCUAUUCCAGAAUCGGUGAUAAUCGUGAGCGAACCGUCACUCGUAAUAUAUCACUUCGAGUUCGUGAAUGUUUACAAUUAGAUGGACUUUUCCAUAGUGUGGUCAGUUUGAAAAAUCUUUCAACGGUUUCCAGUUUAAUCCUUUUCUCUGGUGAUAAUGAGAAACUUGAAGUUGGCCCUGGAUUAACUGGUCACAUCUUAGCUCAUGACAAUUAUAUCCACUGGGAGGGAUUAGAGAUUCGUGGUGAUAUUAAUAUAUCUAUUUAGCCUUAAAUUGUUUGUUAAAUUGUCAAGAAAAAAAUACAACAAAAAGUUCAAUUUUAAAAGAGGAAAUAAAUCAAAUUAUUAUUAAUGUAAACAUAAUAAUAACUAUUUCAAUUGUAUUAUCGUUCAUCGUGUUAAUUACAAACCAAAAUAAUAAUAAUAAUAAAGAAAACGAUUUAAUCCUGA